AUGCUGUUAUCGAGUGAGUGGAGGCCGGCGACUGUUGAAGCUGCAGCAGGCUGCAGUGCGACCUUCGCCCCCCCUUCCCCAAACUCCCCAAUCCAAUUCCAGUUGCAUCAAAAGGCAGACCGGACAGUGACCCUUCGGGCGGUCGUUUCCAUUGGCCGCCCUCGCCCUUGGACUGGUCAAUGGCCAGCAAUCUUCACGGCUGGGACGAACUAUUACUCCUCCCUCUCGGGCGUGCAGUUCCUGCUGCAGGACGAAAGUUGGCGCCGUCGGCCGCAUGAGACGCUCGAUUCUCGCCAAUGCCAAUCAGCGCCGGGUGAAGCACUGCAGGAGAGCAACAUGCUGCCUGCCCACGGUUGGGUGGCCGUCAAGACCAGUGCCGUUGCCAUUGUCCAAUGCCACGGCAUAUCGCCAGCCGCCCGGGAUGCCUUUUCGGAGUGUUGA